CAAAAGUUCAGAAUGGAAUAGAAUAAUGCUGAAAUAAUAGACAAUCGGUACAACUUGUUUGAUAUUAUUAUCUGAUCAGAAAAUCGAAAGGAAGUUUCUUGUGAUAGAAGUGCCGGUUUUGAUAUAUUACGUUUCUCUUAUUUUAUAUGGCAUUCAAUAUCUAUAAACAUUUAGAGAUUUUAGUAUCUCUGUGGUACACGAGAGAAUGUAUGUAUAACAACCUAAUGGCCCUUUGCUUUGGAUUAGGAGUAGUGUAUGGUUGACGGUAACAAGGGCGAAACGCAGCAUAUGAGGCGCGAUAUACGUGGAGUUUUGACACCUUUUGAUUAAAACCUAUUUAAAUCGCCUACGCUAUGAAAAAAGAUGAGAUAUAUGGACAACAUGAGCCGAGUCCCAAACGAAUUUUAAAGGACCUCGACCGGAAGUGUAAACUUAAUAGUUGUAAUACUUGUAUACCGAGUAAUCUAAAAACUGGCACAGUUAAUCAAACCAACAAUAUAAAUGCUAUUACCCAAGAAGGAACUCUGUUGCGUCAACGUCAACUUUGCUUUAAAAAACAAAAUGAGAUAAGUAACAGCAGUCAAGAAAUUGACAUAUCGCGGGGUUCACUUCUCUACUACGGACCAAAUAAAAUCGUUGAUAACAUCGAUCAUGUAACAAACCAUUUUUCGGAAAAAUGUUUCGAUUUGGUUCCUAAACAAUAUCAUACGGCAUCUUCAUUACAGCAAACACAAUAUUUAGUCAAAAACUGCGAGUAUUAUGAAACUGAUGAUAUCAACAGUAAAUCAACUGAUAUAUGGCCAGAUGCAACAGAUAAAAAUUGUUAUGGUGAUUGGCCAUUAAGCAAUACCAAAGAAUCGAUCGAUAAUAGCAAGAAAGAACAGUUAUAUGAAUGUUCAAAUGCAAACUCAACGAUAUAUGUAACCCAAGUACCAUCAACAACACUAAUUCCUAAGAGUUACAAAAUAACAAGCACUGAUAUUAACAUUGAUUUAUUAACAAAAAACUUAAGCGGCGAACAAACUAAAAAAAGAAAUGGUGGUACAUUUAUAAAAAAAUUUAAUUCAAGUAGUAAUGAAGAUUUCGGUAGACAGUUUUUGACAAUAGAGGAAGGAAAUCAAAUCCAAUCAGUCCAACAAAUAAUAAGCCGUUCAAAAACCAUACCAAAUGAAUGCUACAAGGAAAGUAACGACAGCAUUAAAUCCAAUAUCAAUGCAAAAGAACACGAAUACAUUAAAUGCCAAAGCAAUAAUGUAGAUAACUCAUGUAACACAAUUAAUGCAAAAGUAAAUAGCAGUGGGAGUAGCAGCAGUAGUACCGAUAAACGUAAUUAUAGUAAAAGCAGGAGUCGAAGUAGGAGUAGCAGUAGUAGCAAUAGUUGUAAUUGUGAUAUAACGGGUGAUAACAGUACACUGCAUGGUUUUGGUGUUGGCGUAUUAAGCAGUUUUUUGGGUGAUUGUGAUUCUGCAAGCAACACUACGCGAGCUCAACUGCCGUCAAUAUCUCAUUCUCAGUGUCAAGAUAAUAAAACUGUUGAGCUUAGCUGGGACGUACCUCAUCAGACAUUUUUAAACCAAACAAGUAAUCCUAAUUGCAAAUCUAGAGUUUUUAUUGAGAUAGAAACACAAGCACCAUUAACAGAACUUAAAACGAUUUUAAGACACGGCUCAGGCGAUAUCACCGACUGCGAUAGUUGCAGCGAACUGCAAUUAUUGAAUUCAAAUGAUUAUAAAGCUGAUUUAGAUAUUGAUUGUGAGAGUUCCGAAGAUAACAUUAUCGAUAUAGAUUCGGAAAAUUUGAAUGUUGGCAACGUCAUCGAGCGUGGAGGGGUCAACAACUUAAGAACUCGGUUAGACUAUUUUAAUGUAAAGAAAGAAUUCCAGCCUUUGAGCCAAUACAAAUCGUUCGAUUAUUCAUUAAUAAAAUUUUACGAACAAAAAAAAAAGGAAAACGAAGACAACGUUAAACAUUAUUUUGAUAUAUCGGAUACUUUUUUAUCCGACCAACGUUCUAAAGAUAUUUUUAGCAACAUGGAUCUUGAAAGCAAUCGAGAGCAAUCAGGUGGAUCUGAUGGCGGAGCAAUUAAGCGUACAAACAAUAAUAGUUUAGCAACUAAAGAAAAUUUUGAAAAAGGACAGACAGCUGCUUACCCAACAUUUGCAAAUGGACCUUUUGGAACUGAUGUUAAUCUUGGGACAUCAAACAUUCCUGACACGAUAAAUGGCACAACAAUUGCCGGUGGAAUAAACCAGCAAAAGACAGUGACUAACACGACUACGCAAAAGCGGCCGCAAAGACGAGGGGGGAAGCCACAACCUGAUCGACCUCAACGUGUUUUAUUUUGUUUGGGGGUAAAAAACCCACUUCGGGCAUUAUGUAUCAGUAUAGUCGAGUGGAAACCAUUCGAGUAUUUGAUAUUGUUAACUAUUUUUGCGAAUUGUGUUGCCUUGGCGGUUUAUACCCCUUAUCCUUAUAGCGAUUCCAAUGUAACUAAUCAGGCUUUGGAAAAGAUAGAAUACAUAUUUUUAGUAAUAUUUACAGCAGAAUGUGUUAUGAAAAUAAUUGCUUAUGGAUUUCUACUACAUAGCGGCUCGUAUUUGAGAAAUGGGUGGAAUAUUUUAGAUUUUUUUAUUGUGGUUAUAGGCAUGAUAAGUACUGUUCUUUCACAUCUUAUGAAGGAAGGCUUCGAUGUAAAAGCGCUUCGAGCUUUCCGAGUGCUACGACCUCUUCGACUUGUUUCUGGAGUUCCAAGCUUACAGGUUGUACUGAAUUCGAUCCUUCGAGCUAUGAUCCCACUUUUACAUAUUGCUUUACUAGUUUUAUUUGUCAUUAUCAUAUACGCAAUUAUUGGACUAGAGCUGUUUUCUGGAAAAUUACAUAAAACUUGUCUUCGCCCAGAUACUGGUGAAUAUAUGAAAGAUGAACACCCCUGUGGUACUGGAUUUCAAUGUCAAGAAGGUUAUGUAUGUCAUGAAAAAUGGGACGGCCCUAAUUAUGGUAUAACUAAUUUCGAUAACUUUGGUUUGGCUAUGUUGACCGUGUUUCAGUGUGUUACUUUAGAAGGUUGGACAGAUGUGCUAUAUAACAUUCAAGAUGCCAUGGGUAGUACGUGGCAAUGGAUUUACUUCGUUUCAAUGGUUAUAUUAGGGGCAUUUUUCGUAAUGAAUUUAAUUCUCGGUGUGUUGUCUGGUGAAUUUUCAAAAGAGCGCACAAAAGCUAAAAACCGUGGAGACUUUCAAAAACUUAGGGAAAAACAACAAAUAGAAGAAGAUGUGCGCGGCUAUCUGGAUUGGAUUACCCAAGCAGAAGAUAUUGAACCUGAUGUCGAUGGUAAUUUAAUGCAAGACGCAAAAACAAAACCGACCAACGAGGCCAAUUCAAUGGAUCAAAUGGAAGAGGAGGGUCAAGAAGUUCAAAUAUCUGAAUCCUGGUGGCGUAAGAAAAAAAAAGAUUUAGAUCGUCUGAACCGCAGAAUGAGACGGUCUUGUAGGAAAGCUGUAAAAUCGCAAGCCUUUUAUUGGCUAAUAAUAAUGUUAGUGUUUCUGAAUACCGGUGUACUUGCUACCGAACAUUAUGGGCAACCAAUUUGGCUCGAUAACUUUCAAGAGUAUACAAAUAUUUUCUUCAUUGGAUUAUUUACCUGUGAAAUGAUGCUUAAAAUGUAUAGUUUGGGAUUUCAAGGAUAUUUUGUGUCGCUGUUUAAUCGUUUCGAUUGUUUUGUUGUGAUUGGUAGUAUAACGGAAACAAUACUAACAAACACGGGUAUAAUGCCGCCAUUGGGAGUAUCAGUAUUACGUUGCGUUCGACUUUUAAGAGUUUUUAAGGUCACAAAGUAUUGGCGAUCCCUUUCCAAUCUUGUGGCAUCUUUGUUGAAUUCAAUACAGUCAAUCGCUUCCCUCUUGUUAUUGCUAUUUCUUUUUAUAGUAAUAUUUGCUCUUUUGGGUAUGCAAGUUUUUGGAGGGAAGUUUAAUUUUAAACCAUCAGAAGAAAAACCUCGUUGGAAUUUCGAUUGCUUUUGGCAAAGUUUAUUAACUGUAUUUCAG